AUGGCCGCUCACAUCAAGCCUCUUAUUUUGCACGCUCACGCCACGGGUCCCAAUCCCAUCAAGAUUGCUAUCGCAUUGGAAUCGCUUGGUAUCCCGUUCACAGUCAAGUGCUGGGACUUCAGCGAUGACCCUAACACAGGUGUCAAAGGUGCCACAUUCCUCAAGGUGAACGAGAAUGGGCGUGUGCCUGCACUGGAGGAUCCCAACACCGGCGUUGUCUCCUGGGAAUCUGGUGCGUGCAUGAAUUAUGUUCGUCGAGUGUACGACACGGGGAACAAAAUCGGUCCUUCCGGAGGUUCAGGCCAGGAUCUGGUUGAUUUUGAGAAAUGGGAAUAUUUCCUUCUGACUACCCUUGGCCCCAUGACUGGGCAGGUCAAUUGGUUUAGGCACUACCAUGCCCGCGAGAACGAGGAUGCCCUCCAGCGAUACACUGCUCAGACCUAUCGAUGCUACGAUGUCCUGGAGAAACAGCUACAAAAGUCCGGAGGUAUGAGUAUUCUGCCGAGUCGGGUCACUGCAGUCGACUACCAUUUCGAGCCGUGGGUGAGACAGCAUUCGUUCGCCGGUCUUUCACUGGAUAACUACCCUAUGAUCCAUAAGUGGUUGGGAUUGAUGCAUGCUCGUGAGGAAGUUCAAGAGGCUUAUUGUAAGGUUGAGGCUGCAGCAGGAAAGUAG